CAUGUUGCUCCACAGCCAAUGUUAUUGACACCGGCCAAAACAUCAAUAAAUCGUGAUAUCCCGUGCAAACAACUUUCAUACAAAAGCCCCCUUUGUGAUGCUUACGUUUUCAAUCAAACGCCCCCUCAAAACCCCCUGAAUAACACAAUGUGCGUCUUCAGCGUCACCGGUUAAACAUAACCUCACUUUACGAUGGGAAUCGACUUCGACAUUUUAGAGCAUUGUAAGAAGGUCCGGGCGGACCACGGGCCCCCUUACACUUGUCCGAUUGAGAAAUGCGGCCGCACUUACAAGUCGGUUUGUGGUUUACAAUACCAUUUGAAGAGUUACGACCACGAUAACCCGACUCCGUUGCCCCCAUGCACACCCAGCACCCCCAAAAGCAAAAAGGGUCGGGCUAGGGCUACGCCCGCCACCGUACCGUCGGCCCCCAGCGUGCCUGAGCCUCUGACGUUCGAGGAAGCCCAGAAGAUGGUGCAGUUCGAUAUAAAUGGGCAAGUGGUGAGGUGGAAUAUAAACGACCCGUUGGAUAUGGUGGCAAAAGAGGAUUUAUCAGACGAUGACAUUCCAAAUAUUGAGAGAUUUGAGCAAGCGCAAGAGCCUUCAGCGCAGUUACCGGAAGCCAGCUUCAAAGAACUCGAUAAUUACAACAUUUGUGAUGCGCCCCCGCGUCCCAACGCGUACAUUAGGUUCAUCGAGAAAAGCGUGGAGGAAUUAGACGGAGAAGUGGAGUACGACGUGGACGAAGAGGACACCACCUGGUUAGCUUUAAUGAACGAAAAGCGUGAAGCCGCAGGUUUGAGUCCCGUCUCGGUGGACUCUCUCGAGCUUUUGAUGGACCGUUUAGAAAAAGAGUCCUACUUUCAGGUCUAUCACGUAAAUGGUCAGGCUUCUGUUAACGGGCAUACGGGGGUUGUUGUGGAUGACGAUGCCGUCUGCUGUAUUUGUAUGGAUGGUGAAUGUCAAAACACAAACGUGAUUUUGUUCUGUGACAUGUGUAAUCUUGCCGUGCAUCAGGAUUGUUAUGGCGUACCUUACAUCCCAGAAGGACAGUGGUUGUGCAGACGAUGUUUGCAGUCUCCUAGUCGUGCCGUGGACUGCGUGCUGUGCCCCAACCAAGGGGGCGCGUUCAAGCAGACGGACAGGGGCCACUGGGCUCACGUCGUGUGCGCUUUGUGGAUACCCGAAGUGAGAUUUGCGAAUACCGUGUUUUUAGAACCUAUCGAUUCCAUUGAAACCAUUCCAGCAGCUCGGUGGAAGCUGACUUGUUACGUUUGCAAGCAGAGAGGUGUGGGGGCGUGUAUUCAGUGUCAUAAGACUAAUUGUUAUUCGGCGUUUCAUGUCACUUGCGCACAGCAAGCCGGUUUGUAUAUGAAAAUGGACACGGUGAAAGACUCCGGGGAUUCCCAGCCCGUUCUUGUGCAGAAGAUUGCGUACUGCGAUGUACAUGCGCCGGUCGAGACGACCGACGACUCGAAAAAGGAGGACGCCCGCCAAAAAAUGAAAAAAGCCCGCAAAAUGCUAGCGAAAAAGCGCACUACGGCGCCGGUCAUCCUCAUCCCGACCAUUCCCCCCGAGCGCAUCCAGGAAAUCGGGGCUCUGGUUACCAUAACGAAAAAAUCCCAAUUCAUCCAACGCCUAAUCGCCUACUGGACCCUAAAACGCCAAUUCCGGAACGGCGUGCCGCUCCUACGACGCCUACAAAGCGCCCAAGGGGGCCCGCGCGACUCCAACACCAGCAACGUGGACACCAUCGAGCUGUGCAGACAACUGAAGUACUGGCAGUGUUUGAGGCAAGAUUUAGAGCGAGCCAGGUUGCUGUGCGAGCUGGUGCGAAAGCGAGAGAAGAUCAAACUCGAGGGGAUCAAGAUCGCCGAGAAGUGUUUGAAUAUUCAGCUGAAGCCUCUGGAGGCGAGUUUGCGGGUCGUGCUGGACUUGGUGGCGGCGAAGGACACGAAUGAGAUUUUCAGCGAACCGGUGGACUUGGAGGAGGUUCCGGACUACACCACGGUGGUGUCCGAGCCCAUGGAUUUGAGCACCAUGAGGAAGAAGCUGGGGGAUGGGUUGUACCCGGAUUUGACUGCCAUGGAGAAGGACUUCGAUUUGAUGAUCGCCAACUGUUUGGCGUACAAUAACCGAGACACAGUAUUCUACAGAGCUGCGAUUAAGAUGCGCGACCAAUGCGGCGCCAUCUUCCGGCAGGCGCGCAAAGAGCUGGAGGCCUGCGGCCUCCUCAACGAGGCCAAGCCGAACGGGGAAAACCCGGCUACCGGCAACGAGGAGUCGCUGGCCUCGGACAUCGACAAGGAGCUGGAGAACCUCCAGGGCAAGGUAGGUCCCGACGUGAUCGCCAAGCUGGAGGAGCUCCUAGUGAAGAGUCAAGCGCUCAAGCACGGGCUGGCGCGAGCGAAGCGCGUGAAGGUGGUGCGCAGCGAGCUGAACAAGGCGCGGAAGAAUCUGGCGAAUACGGACAGCUCGCAGUCGGACGGGGACAAUGACGUCGGCGAUUCGAAGAACAGCUCGCAGAGUUCAGGUGUCUCUCCGAGCGGAGUGAACCGCCGAACCGCCGUACUUUUUACCCGAAAGGCGCAAGCCGCGCUGAAAAAGCCCGCAGAAGAAAAAGAGGAGAAAGAAGCGCCUUCUCCGGGCCCCCCCAAACCAAAAAAGAAGGGGCGUCCCAGACGCACCCCCGAAGUCACGGUGAGUCCUACCGUGGACACCAAAAAGCUCGACUCCGUCCCCGACAGCUUCCGGGUGUACCGCGCCGGGCACCAGACCUCCGGCGACGAAAACAGCGACAGCGCCACGAGCUUGUCCACGUGCUACUCGCACGAGGCGUCUGAAGUAGAAACGGACGAAAGCGACUCGGAUCACGUCCCGGAGAACGCCGAAGUGGCGACGGAGAAGAUCGAGCUGAAGCCGCUGCAGCUAGUCUGGGCCAAAUGUCGGGGGUACCCGUGGUACCCGGCCCUCAUCAUCGACCCAGAAAUGCCCAAAGGGCACCUGCACAACGGGGUCCCUAUCCCGUCGCCCCCCAGCGAAGUCAUGGCCUUGAGGUCCAACCACUCCGAAGAGGUGUACUUGGUUCUGUUCUUCGACGCCAAGCGGACGUGGCAGUGGCUACCGGCGGAGAAACUAGAGAUCAUGGGGCUGGACCAAGAGAGGGACGAGGCCAAGGUCAACGAGCCCCGGAAGCCCGCCGACAGGAAGGCCGUGCGCAAAGCCUACGAGAACGCCCUCCAGUACGAAUCUCAAGUCAACGGCCCCGAUGGCGCCGAUGCGGCUUCUUAAUUUUGUGGCCCCCUUUUUGAGAGUGGUGGCGCUUUAAAUGUUUCGGUCCGUUUCUAGAUCUCUUACCUGUAAGGUUGCGUUAAGUUUAAUAAAUACGUUUGUAAGUA